AUGGCUCGCCGCAAGCAGAACAUUCUUUCCGACGGUUCCGACUCAGGAGGCGACUGCGACAAUGGAUCUGAGAGCGAUUUCGACUCGCAAGAGGACGAAGACUCCCGCGCUGAACGCCGCCUGUUCGAGCGUCGACAGCGCAAGCGACCUCGCACGGGCCGAAGCGGGAAAGACUCAGCCUGGGAAGGAAUUUUCGGAGCUGACGACGGCGGAUUAGACAGGCGAUCCGGCAGUGGUUUGGGCAACAGGCAGAGAGGAGGUGGUAACUCGCGUAACGACUGGACCAACAGCUUUAACGCAGGUGCGGCUCGGCUUUCUUCUGGAAUAGGCAGUCCCAUGAUCAAUGAAGCCAAUGAUCCGAGCGCAACAGCAGCCGAUGAUCAUGAGAGCGGAGACGAAAGCAUCGGCAGCGACGGCGCGACUUCCUCUGUUGACUCCGAGGCCAGCACCCGCCCCCCCUCCCCACGAGUUCGAGAACCUGAGGACGACAACGAUUACGGCGAUGGCGAUCCACCGAGAGGCAUGGGCUUCGCGGGGAUGAAAUCCGUCAAUUCCAGGUUGAGAAUGGGGGGCUUGCAGCCGAGCACCUCUGAGCCAUCGGAGCGAGAAAUGGAGUCGGAAGACGGCCCAUCAGCGUUCGGACGACGAGCUGCCGCGGUUCGUGACAGCGUGUCUCUUCCAGGAAGACCCAAUUUCCAGUCCAGUCGCUCGUCCACGCCUACUCCCGCUGCUGCGAAACCGGCAGAUCUUUCCACGGCUGACAAGGCUCACCUGAACAAGGUCUCCGGGUCGUUUGGUGCCAACAUGCUUCGCAAGUUUGGCUGGGCACCAGGAAAGGGCUUGGGAGUUGGAGAAGAUGGUCGGGCUGUACCGAUCGCAGUCGGGAUGCUCAACCGGGGUGAAGGAAUCAAAUCUGGUAUCCGCACCGAAGACAGCAAGCGCGAGGCUCGACGAAAGGGCGACAUAGUGGAUGAUGUCGAGGUGACUGGACGGAAGAAAUCGAGAGCGAAAGGCAACCUUCAGUCUGCUACCGACGGCUGGAAGAAGCACAAGCAAGUGAAGGUCAAGGUCGAGCACAAAACGUACGAGCAACUUAUCGCGGAAGACGACAGUACGCGCGCAGGCGUUGGUCUCGUUCUUGAUGCCCGCGGCGGGGAAUUGAAGACUGUCGAGUCUCUCUCUGAACUUUCAAUCUCUGGAUGGACACCUACAACUGACACCGGUCAACUGCCGGAGCUUCGUCACAAUCUUCGUCUGAUUCUCGACAUCUCGAAGGGCGAUGUUGGGAAUUUGGUCAAAGAGGGCAAGUCUGUCAACGAGCGAAGACGAUGGGCAACUAGGGAGGAGGAGCGGUCCCGAGCUAGGCGGGAUGAUUCUGCAGAGAAGUUGCAACGUCUUUCUCAAGUGCGUGUCUUGGUCUCUGAGAUCGACGCCAUCAGCAACGAAGUAGCAAAGUCCGGCGCCUCCUCACUGGAACCACUUGCGCCGUCAUUCAACCGCCUGCUGACCGACCUCAAAGACGAGUAUACGCGCCUCUCCCUGGACGAAGUCGUUGUAGGGGCCAUCGAUCUCGUCCUGAAGCCGUCAUUUGACGCAUGGGAGCCGUUCGACGUGUCCUCGGAUGCGCUGCUGUCGACGCUUAUGCCUUGGCGGACGGCAUUCAAUUUGGCAGUCGAGGGCAUAUCCCUUCCUAUUCAUGAGGAUCGACAGAUGACGGCCUGGGAAAGUUUGCUUUGGCAUCGUUGGCUGCCGAAAGUUCGAUCUACGAUCAAUAACGAUUGGUCAGCGAGUGAUGCUUGGCCUGCAGUUCACCUCGUGGAGUCGUGGUACCCUCUGCUGCCUGACUUCAUCCGUGAUAACGUCCUCAGUCAACUCGUCCUACCUAAGGUCAUGUCUGCGAUAGAGGCCUGGACGGGUCGAGGGAGAGGCGGAGAUUCCUUGGCCUCUGUUGUCUUCCCGUGGCUACCCCUUCUAGGCGAUCGCCAUGGCGAAGUCCUCGAGGAGAGUAGGCGUCGCAUUCGGUCGCUGCUACGGCGGUGGAAGCCGGCCGAUGGUGUCCCACAAGAAUUGGCGCGUUGGAGGAGCGACAUCUUCUCCGCCCGGGAAUGGGAUACGAUCAUAGGAGAACACGUUUUAGGCAAGCUUGGAGCUGUCCUGAGGGACCUUGUGAUCAAUCCUCGCGAUCAGGACAUGUCGGCUAUAGUGAACGAAGUUUUGCCCUGGCAUUCGCUCAUCCGCCCUUCGAACUUCACCCGCCUCUUCGAACUGGAGUUCUUCCCCAAGUGGCUAAAUGUCCUCUACCUAUGGCUCGUACACCCGGGGUACAAUGGCGAGGAGGUAGCUCAGUGGUUUGAGUUGUGGAAGAGCCUUUUCCCUGCCGAAGUUCUCCAUCACAAGGCUAUUGCCCAUGGGUUCGAGACUGGUGUGCAGCUCAUGGGGGCGGCACUUGCCCUUGGGCCGUCAAGAUCGCAAGACCUGCAGCGCCCUUCAUACAGCCCCCUCUCUCGUUCAUCGAAGUCGUCGGUGGGCGGCUCGAAGGCUCCUUCCACGCCAGCACCACAUGUGGCUGUCCGGCACGAUGAUAUAACCUUCCGCAACAUCGCGGAGGACUUCAUCGCCAGCAAGGAUCUGCUCAUGGUGCCCCUCGGGAAAUCGCAUUCAACGACUGGAAAACCCCUCUUCCGAGUCGGCAAGACCAUCGAUGGAAAGGGCGGCGUCACCGUCUACGUAGGUGAGGACGCUGUCUUUGCCCAAGGCGACAGUGGCAGCUUCCAUGCGGUCACACUCGACGAUGUCGUUCAGCGAGCUGGCGGAGCAGGUCAUUUGUAA